ACUACUUUCUUUCAAUGAUAAACACCAACAAUUAUAAUUUACAUGAAUGUUGCUUUCUUUUCCUCUUUUCUUUGUGUCAUUAGUGUUUCUCAAGAGGUUUUCCAGAGAAACGAUCAAAUGACAAGGUAUUGAUAGACGAUUUCGUUCAGCUUUCGAAAUAUUCUUUAAAAUAUUUGACAUUAGUCCUACAUUGUGAUGCGUAGAGAUACAGUGCAGUUCAACUAUAUAUACCCAGACUGCCUCUCCGCUGUUAGUUGUCAUACGGACAACGAAAUCUAAAGGUUCCACGUCAAUAUAAUGAUUAAUUUUUGUGCUAUUUUUAGAAGAAGCAUUUAUAGGACUGCAAAUUAUGUCAAUGAAAAGUAUUGCAAGUAUGAUAGUGGGCCCAGCGCAGGGUGACAGUUUUGAUAUUAGCUCGGAAGAAAUUAUUAUCCAUUCCGCAUCGGACUCGACCUCCGUUUUAAGGGAAAAUGGCAGCCCCCGCGAAUGUCAACAAAGGAAAGACACUCGUGUGGAGCCCCGGGGGAUAGAAAACAACAGUGAGGUACUCGAAGGGAGUGAGUCGGAAAAUCAGUGCGAUGCAGCAGAGAAAAAGAAGAGGAGGAGGCGUCUGAAAGGCGGAAAACAUCACAGAAAAUGGAAACCGUACGAAAAGUUAAGCUGGAACGAGCGCCGCGAGCUUGAAGAGAGGGAGACGCAACGAGCAACUCAGAAACGCGAAGAGGCGUUCGCACAUGGCCACCCCAUAGCGCCUUAUAACACGACCCAGUUUCUCAUGGAAGAUCAUGGAAAGGCGGAUCCAAAUAUUGGAGACGGAUUGCUUGACAGAAAUAAUUCUCGGGAAUCGAUCGAUGGGAGCGGAUCCACGAGUGACAGUUCAGAGGAAAUGUAUUCGGAGGAGGAAGAAUUCAUGGAAAAAGAAUUUGCAGAGACGUACGAUAGUAUGCAUGCAGAGAGGCUGCAGAAAAUGAGCAAGGACGAAUUAAUUAAGGACUAUAUAGAAAUGGAAACGAAACUGGACCGACUUCAGAAGCGGUUUGAGAGACGAAGCAAGCGCAAUAAUAACACGGCAGAUGAUAGUUCUGGUUCACUGAGCAGCGGCGGCGAAGAGUUCGUUGAUAUGGACGUGGUUCGAAAACUAGAAGCGGAACAAGGAAAACUGAAGGAGGAAAAUGAAAAUUUAAAAACAGAACUUUUAAAAAUGACCAAGAAAUCCAGUUGAUAGUUCCAAUACUGUAUUUAUAUUUUUAAAAAAAAAAUCAGGAGAAAAAUGAGGCAAUGUGUGGCAUGUCUAUCAUUGAAUAUUUUCUUUUGGAAAUUAGUGAUUUUUUUUUUUUUAAUAUAAGGGGUUGGAAUAUUCUGGUAUACUUUAUAUUUCUUUAGAAAACAAGGUGGGUUUGAUAUUUUUACGAUAAUUACAUUUACUAAUACUAUGCAAUGUGUUUUCUGAUGUUUAAAAAUGCAGGAAGAGAUUAAAUAUCUUUUUUAAAUGAAUUCUGAUCCUCUAGAAGGGAGGGAUUUUCAGAUAGAAAUAUAUUUUAACGAACCAGAAAAACUUGUCUGAAAGAUGUAAGGGUUUAUAUGUUGAGAAGGGAAAGAGUGGUUUUAGUGUGCAGCAAAUAUGUGUGCCAUAUAUUGUGUUCAUCAAAUCAUGGCAUUAUUUAGUGUUUUUAAAUUCAUAUAUUUUUUAUGAAUUUUUUUUUAUGAAAUAAAAAAGAUAAAGUAAAAAAAAAAAAUCAAGUUGAUCUCAUUACUUUUUAGUUAUUUUUGUUAUAUUAUUAUAUACUUAUUGUUGGUUUCUAUUGAAGCACAAUAUUUGUGAAAACAUGGUGUACCACAACGUCUUUCCUUUUUCAACAAUACUGAUGCAUAAGUAUUGACCAUAUAUUCUGUUAUUUUAUGUUGAAUGUCGUGGGGGGAAACUGCAUGAAACUGACCACCAUCAGUAGAUAAAAACCAUUAAGCAGACUCUCUACUGCCAAUGUUGUUGGCUGGAAAGGAACUAAUUAAACAAUUGGUACUUGUAUGGUAAAGAUUUGCCAACAGCUGGUUUAAAUGUUGGAGUUGUGUUGGCCAGGUUUUAGUGAGUAAACCAUUUAUUAAUAUCUCUACAAUAUAUGCAGAUCUUGAAUACUCUUGUAUAUAUUGUCAGUGGCAAAAUGUAUGAAAGAUUUAGUGCUGUUUGUGAAAAAGUGCCAAGUCCUUAAGAAAGAUCCGGGACAUUAAGAAUAGGAGUUGAUUUUCAGUGCUUUAGAUUAUGCAUGUUCUAAAAUUCUUUAAAACAUUGGAAAUGUAAAAUGUGUUUUAAGGGGCCAGAUUUCUUUUCUCUCCAAAUGUACAAGUGCUGCAAGAAUUCAAGGUGGUGUUGCUGGUGUAAGACUUUUUUCAAAAGUACCAUUAGUAACACUGGGCAUUUAUUUUGGUAAUGUUUGUAUGUCAUGAUGUUUAAAAUUUGUUUUAAUAAAAAUAUGAAUUUAA